AUGGCUACGGAUCCGCUUGAUCAGCUUCUUGAACUCGAGAAUGACUACUACAAAGAAGGUCAUGAUGCUGGUGUAGCUGACGGCGCUUAUGCCGGCAUGGUUGAGGGCAAAGUGUUCGGAAUUGAGAAGGGGUACGAAAAAGCAAUCGAACUCGGCAGACUACAUGGACGUGCCCUGGUAUGGCGAGAACGAUCAGGCCUCGGGAAGAAAGGGGGUUCUGAGGAAGCAUCAGAGUCUUCGGCUGCUCAUCCUUCAGGGCUGGGAGACAUCAUCCAGAGUCUUUCGCAACUGUCGGACAACACCCGCUUCCGACGGCACGUUGAAGGUCUGUACCAUUCUUCCGACGGCGCAACUGUUGCAAAAGCCAAUUCAGACGAGGCGGUGACCGAAUUUGAUGACCGGGUUGCAAGGGCACAAGCAAAGGCUAAGGUCAUAGCCAAUAUUGUUGGAGAAUAUCUCAACUCUACCCCAACCUCAAACGUCGGCAUUGAAGAUGCCACCGGCUUGAAAGCCCGACAUUGA